AUGAACCUGUCGGCGUCGGUGUGCUCCGCCGCGAAGCGCAUUCAGAAGGAGCUCGCGGACAUCGGCGCGGAGCCCUCCGCGGACUGCUGGGCGGGGCCGAAAGGCGACAACCUCUUCCAGUGGGUCGCCACCCUGCUCGGCCCGCCAGACUCGCCUUAUCGUGGGGGAGUGUUUUUCCUCGACAUUGCCUUUCCCCAGGACUACCCUUUUAGGCCGCCACAGGUGUGUUUCCGCACGCGCGUGUACCACUGCAACGUGUGCAGCGCCAGUGGGCGCAUUCGGCUGCAUCUGCUGGACGAUGGCUGGAGCCCUGCCAUGACCAUAGCCCGCGUGCUGCAAGCCAUCAUCCACCUGCUGAGGUUCCCUGUUCCUGCCUGGAGCCCUGCCAUGACCAUUGCGCGCCUGCUGCAAGCUGUCAUUCAUCUCCUAAAGUUCCCCGUGCCAGGGCUGGUUGGCGGGUCAGUGGUGGGGAAUCCGGGGAUGGGCGGUGCUGCAUGGGGGGUGGAGGCUCGGCAGUGGGGUGACGGCAAGAGUGUGGAGAUUCGACAGAUGAAGGACAACUUUGGGGUCCUGCUUCUGAACGCGGCAGAGGAAGUGCAGAGGGAACUGGGGGCACAGACAGGCGCAGCGUAUCAGAGAGAGGUGGUGCUAAUGAAUGUGGCAGAGGAGGUUAUUAACGAGCUGGGGAUGAAGACUGGUGCGGAUUACAAGAAAGAGUUCUUCAAGCUGCGGCAGCAGGAGUUCCAGCCGCUCAAGAAGGCCAACUUUGGAGGGCUGGCGUCGCUGGGGUGUGAGCAGCUGUUGGGCGGGCAGGAGGGCGAAGACAAGACACCUGGGAAUCAGAUUGGGGGGGAUGGGGAUAAGGAUGGGGAUAAGGAUGGGGAUAAGGAUGGGGAUAAGGAUGGGGAUAAGGAUGGGGAUAAGGAUGGGGAUAAGGAUGGGGAUAAGGAUGGGGAUAAUGGAUGCGCCAAGAGAGGAGUUUUGGGCCAAGUCACAGCCCAGGUGAGCAUGGUGUGCUGUGCUGGUGGCACAACCAGCCCAGCCCAGGUGAACAUGGUGUGCUGUGCUGGUGGCACAACCAGCCCAGCCCAGGUGAGCAUGGGGUGCUGUGCUGGUGGCACAACCAGCCCAGCCCAGGUGAGCAUGGUGUGCUGUGCUGGUGGCACAACCAGCCCAGCCCAGGUGAGCAUGGUGUGCUGUGCUGGUGGCACAACCAGCCCAGCCCAGGUGAGCAUGGUGUGCUGUGCUGGUGGCACAACCAGCCCAGCCCAGGUGAGCAUGGUGUGCUGUGCUGGUGGCACAACCAGCCCAGCCCAGGUGAGCAUGGUGUGCUGUGCUGGUGGCACAACCAGCCCAGCCCAGGUGAGCAUGGGGUGCUGUGCUGGUGGCACAACCAGCCCAGCCCAGGUGAGCAUGGGGUGCUGUGCUGGUGGCACAACCAGCCCAGCCCAGGUGAGCAUGGUGUGCUGUGCUGGUGGCACAACCAGCCCAGCCCAGGUGAGCAUGGUGUGCUGUGCUGGUGGCACAACCAGCCCAGCCCAGGUGAGCAUGGUGUGCUGUGCUGGUGGCACAACCAGCCCAGCCCAGGUGAGCAUGGUGUGCUGUGCUGGUGGCACAACCAGCCCAGCCCAGGUGAGCAUGGUGUGCUGUGCUGGUGGCACAACCAGCCCAGCCCAGGUGAGCAUGGUGUGCUGUGCUGGUGGCACAACCAGCCCAGCCCAGGUGAGCAUGGUGUGCUGUGCUGGUGGCACAACCAGCCCAGCCCAGGUGAGCAUGGUGUGCUGUGCUGGUGGCACAACCAGCCCAGCCCAGGUGAGCAUGGUGUGCUGUGCUGGUGGCACAACCAGCCCAGCCCAGGUGAGCAUGGUGUGCUGUGCUGGUGGCACAACCAGCCCAGCCCAGGUGAGCAUGGUGUGCUGUGCUGGUGGCACAACCAGCCCAGCCCAGGUGAGCAUGGUGUGCUGUGCUGGUGGCACAACCAGCCCAGCCCAGGUGAGCAUGGGGUGCUGUGCUGGUGGCACAACCAGCCCAGCCCAGGUGAGCAUGGUGUGCUGUGCUGGUGGCACAACCAGCCCAGCCCAGGUGAGCAUGGUGUGCUGUGCUGGUGGCACAACCAGCCCAGCCCAGGUGAGCAUGGUGUGCUGUGCUGGUGGCACAACCAGCCCAGCCCAGGUGAGCAUGGUGUGCUGUGCUGGUGGCACAACCAGCCCAGCCCAGGUGAGCAUGGGGUGCUGUGCUGGUGGCACAACCAGCCCAGCCCAGGUGAGCAUGGGGUGCUGUGCUGGUGGCACAACCAGCCCAGCCCAGGUGAGCAUGGUGUGCUGUGCUGGUGGCACAACCAGCCCAGCCCAGGUGAGCAUGGUGUGCUGUGCUGGUGGCACAACCAGCCCAGCCCAGGUGAGCAUGGUGUGCUGUGCUGGUGGCACAACCAGCCCAGCCCAGGUGAGCAUGGUGUGCUGUGCUGGUGGCACAACCAGCCCAGCCCAGGUGAGCAUGGUGUGCUGUGCUGGUGGCACAACCAGCCCAGCCCAGGUGAGCAUGGGGUGCUGUGCUGGUGGCACAACCAGCCCAGCCCAGGUGAGCAUGGUGUGCUGUGCUGGUGGCACAACCAGCCCAGCCCAGGUGAGCAUGGUGUGCUGUGCUGGUGGCACAACCAGCCCAGCCCAGGUGAGCAUGGUGUGCUGUGCUGGUGGCACAACCAGCCCAGCCCAGGUGAGCAUGGUGUGCUGUGCUGGUGGCACAACCAGCCCAGCCCAGGUGAGCAUGGUGUGCUGUGCUGGUGGCACAACCAGCCCAGCCCAGGUGAGCAUGGUGUGCUGUGCUGGUGGCACAACCAGCCCAGCCCAGGUGAGCAUGGUGUGCUGUGCUGGUGGCACAACCAGCCCAGCCCAGGUGAGCAUGGUGUGCUGUGCUGGUGGCACAACCAGCCCAGCCCAGGUGAGCAUGGUGUGCUGUGCUGGUGGCACAACCAGCCCAGCCCAGGUGAGCAUGGUGUGCUGUGCUGGUGGCACAACCAGCCCAGCCCAGGUGAGCAUGGUGUGCUGUGCUGGUGGCACAACCAGCCCAGCCCAGGUGAGCAUGGUGUGCUGUGCUGGUGGCACAACCAGCCCAGCCCAGGUGAGCAUGGGGUGCUGUGCUGGUGGCACAACCAGCCCAGCCCAGGUGAGCAUGGUGUGCUGUGCUGGUGGCACAACCAGCCCAGCCCAGGUGAGCAUGGUGUGCUGUGCUGGUGGCACAACCAGCCCAGCCCAGGUGAGCAUGGUGUGCUGUGCUGGUGGCACAACCAGCCCAGCCCAGGUGAGCAUGGUGUGCUGUGCUGGUGGCACAACCAGCCCAGCCCAGGUGAGCAUGGUGUGCUGUGCUGGUGGCACAACCAGCCCAGCCCAGGUGAGCAUGGUGUGCUGUGCUGGUGGCACAACCAGCCCAGCCCAGGUGAGCAUGGUGUGCUGUGCUGGUGGCACAACCAGCCCAGCCCAGGUGAGCAUGGUGUGCUGUGCUGGUGGCACAACCAGCCCAGCCCAGGUGAGCAUGGUGUGCUGUGCUGGUGGCACAACCAGCCCAGCCCAGGUGAGCAUGGUGUGCUGUGCUGGUGGCACAACCAGCCCAGCCCAGGUGAGCAUGGUGUGCUGUGCUGGUGGCACAACCAGCCCAGCCCAGGUGAGCAUGGUGUGCUGUGCUGGUGGCACAACCAGCCCAGCCCAGGUGAGCAUGGUGUGCUGUGCUGGUGGCACAACCAGCCCAGCCCAGGUGAGCAUGGUGUGCUGUGCUGGUGGCACAACCAGCCCAGCCCAGGUGAGCAUGGGGUGCUGUGCUGGUGGCACAACCAGCCCAGCCCAGGUGAGCAUGGUGUGCUGUGCUGGUGGCACAACCAGCCCAGCCCAGGUGAGCAUGGGGUGCUGUGCUGGUGGCACAACCAGCCCAGCCCAGGUGAGCAUGGGGUGCUGUGCUGGUGGCACAACCAGCCCAGCCCAGGUGAGCAUGGUGUGCUGUGCUGGUGGCACAACCAGCCCAGCCCAGGUGAGCAUGGUGUGCUGUGCUGGUGGCACAACCAGCCCAGCCCAGGUGAGCAUGGUGUGCUGUGCUGGUGGCACAACCAGCCCAGCCCAGGUGAGCAUGGUGUGCUGUGCUGGUGGCACAACCAGCCCAGCCCAGGUGAGCAUGGUGUGCUGUGCUGGUGGCACAACCAGCCCAGCCCAGGUGAGCAUGGUGUGCUGUGCUGGUGGCACAACCAGCCCAGCCCAGGUGAGCAUGGUGUGCUGUGCUGGUGGCACAACCAGCCCAGCCCAGGUGAGCAUGGGGUGCUGUGCUGGUGGCACAACCAGCCCAGCCCAGGUGAGCAUGGUGUGCUGUGCUGGUGGCACAACCAGCCCAGCCCAGGUGAGCAUGGUGUGCUGUGCUGGUGGCACAACCAGCCCAGCCCAGGUGAGCAUGGUGUGCUGUGCUGGUGGCACAACCAGCCCAGCCCAGGUGAGCAUGGGGUGCUGUGCUGGUGGCACAACCAGCCCAGCCCAGGUGAGCAUGGUGUGCUGUGCUGGUGGCACAACCAGCCCAGCCCAGGUGAGCAUGGGGUGCUGUGCUGGUGGCACAACCAGCCCAGCCCAGGUGAGCAUGGUGUGCUGUGCUGGUGGCACAACCAGCCCAGCCCAGGUGAGCAUGGUGUGCUGUGCUGGUGGCACAACCAGCCCAGCCCAGGUGAGCAUGGUGUGCUGUGCUGGUGGCACAACCAGCCCAGCCCAGGUGAGCAUGGUGUGCUGUGCUGGUGGCACAACCAGCCCAGCCCAGGUGAGCAUGGUGUGCUGUGCUGGUGGCACAACCAGCCCAGCCCAGGUGAGCAUGGUGUGCUGUGCUGGUGGCACAACCAGCCCAGCCCAGGUGAGCAUGGUGUGCUGUGCUGGUGGCACAACCAGCCCAGCCCAGGUGAGCAUGGUGUGCUGUGCUGGUGGCACAACCAGCCCAGCCCAGGUGAGCAUGGGGUGCUGUGCUGGUGGCACAACCAGCCCAGCCCAGGUGAGCAUGGUGUGCUGUGCUGGUGGCACAACCAGCCCAGCCCAGGUGAGCAUGGUGUGCUGUGCUGGUGGCACAACCAGCCCAGCCCAGGUGAGCAUGGUGUGCUGUGCUGGUGGCACAACCAGCCCAGCCCAGGUGAGCAUGGUGUGCUGUGCUGGUGGCACAACCAGCCCAGCCCAGGUGAGCAUGGUGUGCUGUGCUGGUGGCACAACCAGCCCAGCCCAGGUGAGCAUGGUGUGCUGUGCUGGUGGCACAACCAGCCCAGCCCAGGUGAGCAUGGUGUGCUGUGCUGGUGGCACAACCAGCCCAGCCCAGGUGAGCAUGGUGUGCUGUGCUGGUGGCACAACCAGCCCAGCCCAGGUGAGCAUGGGGUGCUGUGCUGGUGGCACAACCAGCCCAGCCCAGGUGAGCAUGGGGUGCUGUGCUGGUGGCACAACCAGCCCAGCCCAGGUGAGCAUGGUGUGCUGUGCUGGUGGCACAACCAGCCCAGCCCAGGUGAGCAUGGUGUGCUGUGCUGGUGGCACAACCAGCCCAGCCCAGGUGAGCAUGGGGUGCUGUGCUGGUGGCACAACCAGCCCAGCCCAGGUGAGCAUGGGGUGCUGUGCUGGUGGCACAACCAGCCCAGCCCAGGUGAGCAUGGUGUGCUGUGCUGGUGGCACAACCAGCCCAGCCCAGGUGAGCAUGGUGUGCUGUGCUGGUGGCACAACCAGCCCAGCCCAGGUGAGCAUGGUGUGCUGUGCUGGUGGCACAACCAGCCCAGCCCAGGUGAGCAUGGUGUGCUGUGCUGGUGGCACAACCAGCCCAGCCCAGGUGAGCAUGGUGUGCUGUGCUGGUGGCACAACCAGCCCAGCCCAGGUGAGCAUGGGGUGCUGUGCUGGUGGCACAACCAGCCCAGCCCAGGUGAGCAUGGUGUGCUGUGCUGGUGGCACAACCAGCCCAGCCCAGGUGAGCAUGGUGUGCUGUGCUGGUGGCACAACCAGCCCAGCCCAGGUGAGCAUGGUGUGCUGUGCUGGUGGCACAACCAGCCCAGCCCAGGUGAGCAUGGUGUGCUGUGCUGGUGGCACAACCAGCCCAGCCCAGGUGAGCAUGGUGUGCUGUGCUGGUGGCACAACCAGCCCAGCCCAGGUGAGCAUGGUGUGCUGUGCUGGUGGCACAACCAGCCCAGCCCAGGUGAGCAUGGGGUGCUGUGCUGGUGGCACAACCAGCCCAGCCCAGGUGAGCAUGGUGUGCUGUGCUGGUGGCACAACCAGCCCAGCCCAGGUGAGCAUGGUGUGCUGUGCUGGUGGCACAACCAGCCCAGCCCAGGUGAGCAUGGUGUGCUGUGCUGGUGGCACAACCAGCCCAGCCCAGGUGAGCAUGGUGUGCUGUGCUGGUGGCACAACCAGCCCAGCCCAGGUGAGCAUGGUGUGCUGUGCUGGUGGCACAACCAGCCCAGCCCAGGUGAGCAUGGGGUGCUGUGCUGGUGGCACAACCAGCCCAGCCCAGGUGAGCAUGGUGUGCUGUGCUGGUGGCACAACCAGCCCAGCCCAGGUGAGCAUGGUGUGCUGUGCUGGUGGCACAACCAGCCCAGCCCAGGUGAGCAUGGUGUGCUGUGCUGGUGGCACAACCAGCCCAGCCCAGGUGAGCAUGGUGUGCUGUGCUGGUGGCACAACCAGCCCAGCCCAGGUGAGCAUGGUGUGCUGUGCUGGUGGCACAACCAGCCCAGCCCAGGUGAGCAUGGUGUGCUGUGCUGGUGGCACAACCAGCCCAGCCCAGGUGAGCAUGGGGUGCUGUGCUGGUGGCACAACCAGCCCAGCCCAGGUGAGCAUGGUGUGCUGUGCUGGUGGCACAACCAGCCCAGCCCAGGUGAGCAUGGUGUGCUGUGCUGGUGGCACAACCAGCCCAGCCCAGGUGAGCAUGGUGUGCUGUGCUGGUGGCACAACCAGCCCAGCCCAGGUGAGCAUGGUGUGCUGUGCUGGUGGCACAACCAGCCCAGCCCAGGUGAGCAUGGUGUGCUGUGCUGGUGGCACAACCAGCCCAGCCCAGGUGAGCAUGGUGUGCUGUGCUGGUGGCACAACCAGCCCAGCCCAGGUGAGCAUGGGGUGCUGUGCUGGUGGCACAACCAGCCCAGCCCAGGUGAGCAUGGUGUGCUGUGCUGGUGGCACAACCAGCCCAGCCCAGGUGAGCAUGGUGUGCUGUGCUGGUGGCACAACCAGCCCAGCCCAGGUGAGCAUGGUGUGCUGUGCUGGUGGCACAACCAGCCCAGCCCAGGUGAGCAUGGUGUGCUGUGCUGGUGGCACAACCAGCCCAGCCCAGGUGAGCAUGGUGUGCUGUGCUGGUGGCACAACCAGCCCAGCCCAGGUGAGCAUGGUGUGCUGUGCUGGUGGCACAACCAGCCCAGCCCAGGUGAGCAUGGUGUGCUGUGCUGGUGGCACAACCAGCCCAGCCCAGGUGAGCAUGGUGUGCUGUGCUGGUGGCACAACCAGCCCAGCCCAGGUGAGCAUGGUGUGCUGUGCUGGUGGCACAACCAGCCCAGCCCAGGUGAGCAUGGUGUGCUGUGCUGGUGGCACAACCAGCCCAGCCCAGGUGAGCAUGGUGUGCUGUGCUGGUGGCACAACCAGCCCAGCCCAGGUGAGCAUGGGGUGCUGUGCUGGUGGCACAACCAGCCCAGCCCAGGUGAGCAUGGUGUGCUGUGCUGGUGGCACAACCAGCCCAGCCCAGGUGAGCAUGGGGUGCUGUGCUGGUGGCACAACCAGCCCAGCCCAGGUGAGCAUGGUGUGCUGUGCUGGUGGCACAACCAGCCCAGCCCAGGUGAGCAUGGGGUGCUGUGCUGGUGGCACAACCAGCCCAGCCCAGGUGAGCAUGGGGUGCUGUGCUGGUGGCACAACCAGCCCAGCCCAGGUGAGCAUGGUGUGCUGUGCUGGUGGCACAACCAGCCCAGCCCAGGUGAGCAUGGUGUGCUGUGCUGGUGGCACAACCAGCCCAGCCCAGGUGAGCAUGGUGUGCUGUGCUGGUGGCACAACCAGCCCAGCCCAGGUGAGCAUGGUGUGCUGUGCUGGUGGCACAACCAGCCCAGCCCAGGUGAGCAUGGUGUGCUGUGCUGGUGGCACAACCAGCCCAGCCCAGGUGAGCAUGGUGUGCUGUGCUGGUGGCACAACCAGCCCAGCCCAGGUGAGCAUGGUGUGCUGUGCUGGUGGCACAACCAGCCCAGCCCAGGUGAGCAUGGUGUGCUGUGCUGGUGGCACAACCAGCCCAGCCCAGGUGAGCAUGGGGUGCUGUGCUGGUGGCACAACCAGCCCAGCCCAGGUGAGCAUGGUGUGCUGUGCUGGUGGCACAACCAGCCCAGCCCAGGUGAGCAUGGUGUGCUGUGCUGGUGGCACAACCAGCCCAGCCCAGGUGAGCAUGGUGUGCUGUGCUGGUGGCACAACCAGCCCAGCCCAGGUGAGCAUGGUGUGCUGUGCUGGUGGCACAACCAGCCCAGCCCAGGUGAGCAUGGUGUGCUGUGCUGGUGGCACAACCAGCCCAGCCCAGGUGAGCAUGGUGUGCUGUGCUGGUGGCACAACCAGCCCAGCCCAGGUGAGCAUGGUGUGCUGUGCUGGUGGCACAACCAGCCCAGCCCAGGUGAGCAUGGGGUGCUGUGCUGGUGGCACAACCAGCCCAGCCCAGGUGAGCAUGGUGUGCUGUGCUGGUGGCACAACCAGCCCAGCCCAGGUGAGCAUGGUGUGCUGUGCUGGUGGCACAACCAGCCCAGCCCAGGUGAGCAUGGGGUGCUGUGCUGGUGGCACAACCAGCCCAGCCCAGGUGAGCAUGGUGUGCUGUGCUGGUGGCACAACCAGCCCAGCCCAGGUGAGCAUGGGGUGCUGUGCUGGUGGCACAACCAGCCCAGCCCAGGUGAGCAUGGUGUGCUGUGCUGGUGGCACAACCAGCCCAGCCCAGGUGAGCAUGGGGUGCUGUGCUGGUGGCACAACCAGCCCAGCCCAGGUGAGCAUGGGGUGCUGUGCUGGUGGCACAACCAGCCCAGCCCAGGUGAGCAUGGUGUGCUGUGCUGGUGGCACAACCAGCCCAGCCCAGGUGAGCAUGGUGUGCUGUGCUGGUGGCACAACCAGCCCAGCCCAGGUGAGCAUGGUGUGCUGUGCUGGUGGCACAACCAGCCCAGCCCAGGUGAGCAUGGUGUGCUGUGCUGGUGGCACAACCAGCCCAGCCCAGGUGAGCAUGGUGUGCUGUGCUGGUGGCACAACCAGCCCAGCCCAGGUGAGCAUGGUGUGCUGUGCUGGUGGCACAACCAGCCCAGCCCAGGUGAGCAUGGUGUGCUGUGCUGGUGGCACAACCAGCCCAGCCCAGGUGAGCAUGGUGUGCUGUGCUGGUGGCACAACCAGCCCAGCCCAGGUGAGCAUGGGGUGCUGUGCUGGUGGCACAACCAGCCCAGCCCAGGUGAGCAUGGUGUGCUGUGCUGGUGGCACAACCAGCCCAGCCCAGGUGAGCAUGGUGUGCUGUGCUGGUGGCACAACCAGCCCAGCCCAGGUGAGCAUGGUGUGCUGUGCUGGUGGCACAACCAGCCCAGCCCAGGUGAGCAUGGUGUGCUGUGCUGGUGGCACAACCAGCCCAGCCCAGGUGAGCAUGGUGUGCUGUGCUGGUGGCACAACCAGCCCAGCCCAGGUGAGCAUGGUGUGCUGUGCUGGUGGCACAACCAGCCCAGCCCAGGUGAGCAUGGUGUGCUGUGCUGGUGGCACAACCAGCCCAGCCCAGGUGAGCAUGGUGUGCUGUGCUGGUGGCACAACCAGCCCAGCCCAGGUGAGCAUGGGGUGCUGUGCUGGUGGCACAACCAGCCCAGCCCAGGUGAGCAUGGGGUGCUGUGCUGGUGGCACAACCAGCCCAGCCCAGGUGAGCAUGGUGUGCUGUGCUGGUGGCACAACCAGCCCAGCCCAGGUGAGCAUGGUGUGCUGUGCUGGUGGCACAACCAGCCCAGCCCAGGUGAGCAUGGUGUGCUGUGCUGGUGGCACAACCAGCCCAGCCCAGGUGAGCAUGGUGUGCUGUGCUGGUGGCACAACCAGCCCAGCCCAGGUGAGCAUGGUGUGCUGUGCUGGUGGCACAACCAGCCCAGCCCAGGUGAGCAUGGUGUGCUGUGCUGGUGGCACAACCAGCCCAGCCCAGGUGAGCAUGGUGUGCUGUGCUGGUGGCACAACCAGCCCAGCCCAGGUGAGCAUGGUGUGCUGUGCUGGUGGCACAACCAGCCCAGCCCAGGUGAGCAUGGUGUGCUGUGCUGGUGGCACAACCAGCCCAGCCCAGGUGAGCAUGGUGUGCUGUGCUGGUGGCACAACCAGCCCAGCCCAGGUGAGCAUGGGGUGCUGUGCUGGUGGCACAACCAGCCCAGGUGAGCAUGGGGUGCUGUGCUGGUGGCACAACCAGCCCAGUGGGAGCUCAUUGCCAGCCUGUUCCCCACGCUUACUCUCUCUUGCUCCCCCCUCUCUUCCCUACUUCCCCCCUCCCCUCCCUUCUUCCCCCCUCCCCUCACGUCCUCCCCCCCCAAAUUCAUCUCUUCCUCUCCAGUGGAAGCUGAUCGCCCGCCUGUUCCCCACACAGCGAGUCAGGCAGGAGAUCAGCACUUGCCUGGGGAGUGAGCUGCUGGAUGGAGUGGCACCAGAAGCACUUCCCUGUCUCCAGCCGUCAAUACCCAUCGGCCAUAAUCGCCGCCCUCCCUGCUUUCUUAAGGCUCCUCUCCCCCCUCGCCCCCCAUUUGUCUCUCGCAGGCGAUCAGUUCCCGCCUGGGGAGAAAGCUGCUGGACCGAGUGGCGCCAGAAGCAGUUCCCGGUUUCAGCCAUCCCAUCUCUCGUAAACCUCCUGCCCCCUGCCCCCCUGUCCCCCCUACGUCUCUCGCAGGAGAUCAGCACCCGCCUCGGGAGGAAGCUGCUCGAUCGAGUGGCACCAGAAGCACUUCCCCUGUUUCUGCCCUCCCUGAUUUCUUUGGCCUCUUCUUCACCCCCUUUACCCUGGGUUUCCCUCGCAGGAGAUCAGUGCCCGCCUGGGGAGGAAGCUUCUAGACCGAGUGGCACCAGAAGCACACCGCCAGCAUCAUCAUCAGCCGAACAGGUGGACGACCAGGAUUGGCUGGACCCGCCGUCGCUGCUGUCAAAGCAAUCCCUCCCACCACCACCACCACCAGCAGCAGCCGGAGGGGGGGAGGUGCGGCCAGCAGGGCUGGUGGCUGGGGUGGAGGAGAUUUUGCAACGCCUGCUGGACGUGGGGUUCCUGCAGGUGGGUGGAUGGUUGAAACACAGCCAGAUGUCUGGCGUUGUUGGUUGCAGGUGGUCGUUUCGGGCCCGUGUGAACAGAGGAACGGGUGGGAAGGAGAGGUGCGGCCAGCAGGGAGGGCUGGUGGCUGGGGUGGAGGAGAUCUUGCAACGCCUGCUGGGUGUGGGGUUUCUGCAGGUGGGUGGGUGGAAGGGGUCAGGGGUUGGGGGAUUGAUGGUGGGAGGUGAGUGCUGUAGGGUCAUGAGAGGAGACAAUGAGUGGGGAGGGCUGGUGGCUGGGUUGGAGGAGAUCCUGCAGCGACUGCUGGACGUGGGCUUCCUGCAGUGCAGAAAUGCUGGCUGGGGUGGAAGAGGUUCUUCACUGCCUGCUGGAUGUGGGGUUCCUUUCCUUCCUACACUGUCGAGUGGGUGGCAGCAGCAGGCGGUGGCCUACACUGUGGACUGGGUGGCAGCAGCAGGCGGUGGUGGGGCAGAGUGGGAUAAGGAUCGCCGAGGCAGCAUGCAAGUGAAGGUGCAGGGACCGGCCAAUCUGGAUGGAGCAGUGCUGUUGCUUGCAGAGAGUAACUAUGCUCAGCGCUACUCCUCCUCCAUCAUCCGAGCCUUCUUUGAGCGAAUGGGGGUGCAGGCUGACGUGGAUGAGUACUUCUACAGGGAGAAACUCAAUUACAAGCCCAAGUCGCUUCUCGAACAAGCAGUUCUUUCGCUCGGUGACCCUCUUGUCCCG